AUGUUGAUUUAAGAGGUUUAAAGAGGUGUCCAACCGUAACCGUGAUUUGUUUGGCAAUAUUUUCAAUAACAAUGAAAUUGUCUCAAACCGUCAAACAAGCCUUAAGGAUUUGCAAAACAAGAGAGAGUGACCCAGCAUCUGCCUUGGUUCCCGAAACUGUCAGCAAGCUGACAAUUUAGAAUGCAAGCCGCCGGUGGGCGAAUCGUGAUAAACCCAGCGUUCAAAGACUGGGUUUACGAAGGCGAGAAGCCCGAUUUCAGUGUCACCCCCGUAAAAAGGCAGAUCACGUAUCAUGUGGAAGAAGAGAUUGGCACCACUGGAACUAAACAUGAUUCAUGGAAGCAGAAAGAGUCUCACAGACAGGUCCACUUUGAGACAGCUAAGCCCGCUCAAGGAUCAAAUCGUGCAUUGCUGACGCUAUUGAGCAUUGUGUGUUUGAUCUCAAUCGCGGCUCUUGUGCUCACAAUAUUAAUGGUAUUUGGGAAAAUCGACGGCGGAUGUGGAUCCUCCGCAAACGAAGCCUCCCCUAUAAGUCUUACGACAGGUUCAGAGAGUGAAGUGUUAGCUAGGAUCAAGCUCCUUCAGGAAAACGUCACAAGCCUCCAACUGGGUUUGGCAGAGAAAACCAAUGAGCUCAAAGAAAUUCGUUCAUCCCUCCAAAAUCUUGAAGAAAAAUGCAACAAUCUAUCAAUGAAGGUACGUGCAUUUCUAUUUAAUAUCUAGCGUAUCAGAUGUUUGUUUUUGGUUGUUGUUGUUUAUGAUCUUCUUUUCCGUAUCGUCAUGAAUCAAAGUUGGAAUUUACUUGACCGCGAGACAUAAAUUCAAGACGUAAUAACAAUUUAUUGUCUUGUUAGUAUUCUUUAGAUAGAAUCGACUGAAGUUAAACUUCAAACAGCAGAUGAUUUAAACUAUGAUCGCCUUCAAAGAACUAUUAGAAACGAGACGUUAACUAUUCUUUAUAAGGUAAUCAUGAAACAUUUAGCAUUUGCACUGAGGGAAUAUCAGCUGGUGAAAGUUUGAGCUGAAUAAGGAGGCGUGGAAUCCUGGAGUGUUAUUUCUUAAAACCAAAUAUUUGUCAAGUCUGCGCAGGAAAUUUAUUCAACUUUGGAGGUCCGGAUUUCAAAUCUCUUGGACGCCACUCCUGAAAAACUCCCGCACAAAGCGAUCGAGAUUUCCAAAAAAGAUAUGUCGAGUCGAAAAUUUCUAUUUUAUUUUCUGAAAAUACCCGGAUAUUCCUGAGAACUUUCUAGAGGUCCUCUGGAGGUCAGAAUGUCUCUGAUCAAGAGCAAUUCCACGCUGAUUCCUGUUAUUUGUUGUUUCGUUUCAUCUACUCUACUUUGGUUAGGCUUAAUUUAAUUUAGCUUACCCUCAGCUUAGCUUUGCCAAAGGUUCGCCUGAGCCAACAUAAGCUUAGCUAGAAAUAGUUGCUUUUGUUUCCUUGUAACAAAGUUUGCUCACCAUGCGCAGUAGGUCAAAACUUUGUUUGGGAAUUUAGACAUGUGUAACAGAAUUUCUGAUCGGGGUCUCUAUUUCCCUUAGUUCUUUUUUCUAAUUGCCGUUUGGACUAUUGUAGUUGAACGUGACCGAAAGUCAACUCCA